AGAGAUCACAACGGGGGCGCAAAUUAGGAAUAGUGGAAGCGCAAUCACGGGAGCGGAGCCGCGGAAUUUAACCGGCGAAAAUAGAGGUCGUUAAGAAAAUGGCGUUUUAAUAGAAAGACAGAGGCUUUGAGAGGCUUUGGGAUUGAGAUACAGAGCAAGAGAGAGAAAAGGCCUUUUGCUUUUGCUUUUUUUUUUUUUUUUUUGUUUGCAGCGGUGAGGGACGUCACAGCGGCGGUGGUGGCUCAGGUGGUGAGGGCCUGACCGCCGAUGCGGCCCAACUGUUUCGCUCCAUAACCAUAAAAGGAGGCUUUGUUUUUGACACAGAGGGAGAAAGAAGAAGGAGAGUUGCUCAGAGAUCCAUUCCCUCGCAUUCAUAACAAGAUUUCACUUACUCUCUCUCCCACACAUUCCCGAGGCUUUCAUUCCCUCCCAAAAGCCUCGGAGACGCAUUUGGCCGGAUUGUUGUGCUGAAAUCUGAAAAAAGUGCAGCGUGGAGUUUCAGUAACUAAAUAAAUCACUGUGUAGCGCGCCGAUUUGUUACCAGGUGAAUUGGAAUUUCUUAAGCUCGAAAGAGAAACAAUUGAUCGGUGGCCACAUUAUUGUUAAGCGGUCAUAAAUGUCAUUGAAAAGCAUAAUCCGCGAUCUCUGGAUCAUAAGAGAUGAGAUGAGGAAGAAGCCCAAGGCUGGAGGGGCAGCAGAAGAGAGAAAGCAGAUGCGUCGUCGUCGCCGAACCAAAGCAUAUAUUGCACCUGAACAGCCAUUUUCAUUGCCAUCAUCAACUGUGCCGCAGAGUCAAUGGGCAGACAUGCCUCCUGAGUUGCUUCAUGACAUAAUCCAACGCGUGGAACAAGCCGAGAUCUCCUGGCCUGCUCGGAGGGAUGUCGUUGCUUGUGCUUCCGUUUGCAGAUCAUGGAGGGAGAUUACAAACGAGAUUGUCAAGACUCCGGAGCAAUGUGGCUUGCUUACCUUCCCCAUCUCACUCAAGCAGCCGGGGCCGAGAGAUUCUCUGAUCCAGUGCUUUAUUCAGAGGGAAAGAGAAACUUCGACAUAUCGCCUGUUUCUUGGUCUAAGCCCUGCUCUCUCCGGGGACAUGAGUAAGCUACUGUUGACAGCCAGGAAAAUUAGACGGGCAACAAGUACAGAGUUUGUGAUAUCCUUGGCUGCAGAUGAUUUCUCUCGAGCAAGCACUACUUAUGUCGGAAAACUAAGGUCUAAUUUUCUGGGAUCCAAGUUUACCAUAUAUGAUAGUCAGCCUCCACAUGGCUCUCCAAUCCAAACAAAUCACAAGUCACAUAAAAAAAUGAAUUCAAAGCAUGCAAUUUCAAGGAUACCUGCCGGUAGUUAUAAUGUUGCUACAGUAUCUUAUGAGCUCAAUAUCCUUCGAACAAGGGGACCAAGAAGAAUGCAGUGCAUCAUGCAAUCGAUCCCCAUCUCAGCAGUUCAGGAAGGGGGUGUUGCGCCUACUCCAACUGAUUUAAAAGAUUGUCUAAAUCAGCAAACCUCCCUGUCGCCAGUUUCACAAGGAAAGAAGCUGCUUGAUAAUUUGAGCUGUGGUAGCCCCAGACUGGAUCUGGAGUAUGAUGACAUGAGUGACCCACUCAUUUUGAAAAACAAAGCUCCUAGAUGGCAUGAGCAGCUGCAGUGUUGGUGUCUAAAUUUUAGGGGCCGUGUUACGGUGGCUUCGGUAAAGAAUUUCCAAUUGGUGGCUGCUGCAGAGCCUUCCCAGAAUGUCUCAGAGGCUGAACAAGAGAAAGUAAUACUGCAAUUCGGGAAAAUUGGUAAAGACAUUUUCACAAUGGAUUAUCGAUACCCUCUCUCUACUUUCCAAGCCUUCGCAAUUUGCUUGAGCUGCUUUGACACAAAACCAGCCUGUGAAUGAUUACUGUCUAUUAAUUCUUAUCAUGUGACUAUCAUGUUCAUCUUCCCUUAACGUGAACUGUAAAUAUUCUUUUGGAUCGAAGCACUGUAGGCUAUGCCUUUUUGGUGAUUAGCUAGUGCGUUACCUGAAGUCGCACGAGGUUGUGUAAUGGCAGUAUUAAUGUAAGUUGCCAAUUUGUUUGUUUAGAUGAAAGCAGUUAGUUGUUCGACCACUUCCAGUGUUUCACUUUCCAGAGACUAUAUAUAAUGACCCUGUUAAGCUAUAUAUUUGAAACUUCGUGUGA